GAGCCAGUUCUCGCGGUGCUGGCCAGGCUCUGCCUCCUUCCCCUCCCCGGCGAGCGGUGACUGUGCACGGCGGAGCGGGGAGCGCCGAGCCGGGCGCGGGGGGAGCCCGCGCCGCCCCGCCGAGCCCGGAGGGAGGCCGCCCAGCCGCGCGUCCCGGCCCGUCCCGGUCGCCUGCCCCAUGCCCCAGCGGCGCUGAGCCUCCGCAGCCCGAACAUGGCCACCACGGCAACGUGCACCCGCUUCACCGACGAGUACCAGCUCUACGAGGAGCUUGGCAAGGGAGCCUUCUCGGUGGUCCGCAGAUGUGUCAAGAAAAGUUCAUCACAGGAAUAUGCUGCAAAAAUCAUCAACACCAAAAAGUUAUCAGCCAGAGAUCACCAGAAACUGGAACGUGAAGCUCGAAUCUGCCGACUUCUAAAGCAUCCGAAUAUUGUGCGACUCCAUGACAGUAUUUCAGAAGAAGGCUUCCAUUACCUCGUCUUUGAUCUGGUUACUGGUGGGGAGCUAUUUGAAGAUAUUGUUGCCAGAGAGUACUACAGUGAAGCAGAUGCCAGCCACUGUAUUCAUCAGAUACUGGAGAGUGUGAAUCACAUUCACCAGCAUGAUAUCGUGCACAGGGAUUUGAAGCCAGAGAAUUUGUUACUGGCAAGUAAAUGUAAAGGUGCUGCUGUCAAACUGGCUGACUUCGGACUGGCUAUUGAAGUGCAGGGAGAGCAGCAGGCCUGGUUUGGGUUUGCUGGCACUCCAGGCUACCUCUCCCCUGAAGUCUUAAGAAAAGAUCCUUAUGGAAAACCAGUCGAUAUAUGGGCAUGUGGAGUGAUUCUGUACAUAUUACUAGUGGGGUACCCUCCCUUUUGGGAUGAAGAUCAGCACAAACUCUAUCAGCAGAUCAAAGCCGGAGCCUAUGACUUCCCAUCACCUGAGUGGGACACUGUGACUCCUGAAGCAAAGAAUUUGAUCAACCAGAUGCUGACAAUAAACCCAGCAAAGCGCAUCACAGCUGACCAGGCUCUCAAACAUCCAUGGGUCUGCCAACGAUCCACUGUUGCUUCAAUGAUGCACAGGCAGGAGACUGUGGAAUGCUUGAGAAAGUUCAAUGCUAGAAGGAAGCUGAAGGGCGCAAUCCUCACAACGAUGCUUGUGUCUCGGAAUUUUUCAGCUGCCAAAAGCCUGCUGAACAAGAAAUCAGAUGGAGUGAAGCCACAGAGCAACAACAAAACCAGUAUAGUAAGCACUGCAAAAGAAACACCCCCAGUGCAGACGUCCAUGGAGCCUCAAACAACUGUUGUCCAUAAUGCUACAGAUGGCAUAAAGGGUUCUACAGAGAGCUGUAACACCACAACCGAAGAUGAGGAUCUGAAAGCUCCCCCUCUCUCCACCGGGGACGGCAGCUCAGUGCUUGAAGGACGGAGGCACAGUGAGAGCAAAACACAGACUGAGUCCAUGCAGUCCCAGCUUUCUCUCUGUUUCUCAGCCACUACACAGUCUUGUGAAGAGAAGCUUCUUGCCUGGGACAGCCCAGGGCAGACAUUGGAGUUAGAGCGUGCUCGGUCGGAGCCCUUGCUAACUCCAGUAGUUCCCUUUGUUCUUAACAGUGCACCGUUGCGUAAACAAGAAAUUAUUAAGAUAACAGAGCAGCUGAUAGAAGCCAUCAACAAUGGAGACUUUGAUGCUUAUACAAAAAUCUGUGAUCCUGGUUUGACCUCAUUUGAACCUGAAGCACUGGGGAACCUGGUUGAAGGAAUGGAUUUCCAUAAGUUUUACUUUGAGAAUUUACUGUCGAAGAACAGCAAGCCGAUACACACCACCAUCCUGAACCCCCACGUCCAUGUCAUCGGUGAAGAUGCUGCUUGCAUUGCGUAUAUCCGCCUGACACAGUACAUUGAUGGCCAAGGCCGGCCCCGCACCACGCAGUCCGAAGAGACCCGCGUCUGGCACCGCCGAGAUGGCAAGUGGCUGAAUGUCCACUACCACUGCUCUGGAGCCCCUGCAGCACCUCUCCAGUGAGGAUCAUACACGGCAACUUGUGGAGAUACUCAGCUGGAGGGCAAUAUCUUCUUAGCAAGCAGCUCUGGAGUGCCUGAGUGACAGCAAUGGUCAUGUCUGUUUUGACAUUAAUAAAUAAAUAAAUAAAAAUUACAAACAGGCAGCAGCCAAAUGCACGAAACCCUGCAUGCAUCUGAUGCUCCAGGCGCUGCCUUUCUGUUGUUUUCCAUGGAUCCAUCGUGUCUGUUUCUGCUGUACGAAGGUGUUUUUAAAUCUUAAAAAAAGACAUGUUGUUUGUAUAAAAUAAUUAAAAAACAGGAGUAAUGCUAAUUAAAUGACAGAUUAUCCAACGUGCCCCCUCCCCCAGGGCUAAGAAAAUGGCAGCAGCUGGAACAUCUUUCUGAAAUGAAGUGAGGGGGAAAGCAAAAGUGAAGGAGAGAGAGAGAGAGAGAGGGAGAGAAAAAAAGAAGGCGGCUUGAGCGGCGGAUGGCUGAACUGUGCUCUACAAAGCCCGGUAGAAGUUAACAUCGCGUUCAGGCUGAACUGUGACUUCAGUCACUGAGCGGUGGCGUUGGAGACCCCAGAGGAGCCAGUGUGAAGACUGGGGCUCGUGAGCGAGGAGGCGCUUCUCUUCGUAUUGCCCAGCAGACUGACUUCAGCCUGAGUUUCUUCUUACGUUUCUGCACAGCAAGAAUGCCAUGGAAAGCUGGUUGCUUGGCUGCUGGAUCCCAAAACAGACUUUUUUUUAAAAAGAAAUAAACAAAAUGGGAUGUUGAUUUAAAACUAAUGGUGAAAGUGUAGGGAUUAAAUAAAAUGGAUUUAAGUGAAUAUAACUUAGAUAGAAGCUUGCUCUUCAGAGAUACAAGUUUUAGGAACAGCCACUAUCUGGCUAGACAUGGAGGUUUGAAGCCAGCUUAUUUAAUUUAAUAACAACUACACAAAAAGAGGGAAAAAAAUGCAUUGCAUUAAGAGCAGAGAUUUCAGAGGAAAGAGGGGUAUAUGUCUGGGAUUUUCUAUUUUUUUUUUUUCCUUUCUAGUAGCAUAGUUGGGAUCCACAGUGCUGCAGAACACGUGUUCCUUAGGAAGCAGACAAGAAACUUAGUGUUACGUUCUUCAUGAAGACUUGCACAUACACUCCUAUAUGAGGCAUAAAUAGCGUGUGUUUUUUAUACUGAAAUAUAUGCACCCAUAGAAUUAAAGGGGUUACCUGGCCUCCUGUUUGAUUUGUUUGUUCUCCGAUGAAAAUAGCAGUGGGAGCCAGCAGCCCCAGCCAGGUGCUUCUCCCCACCACUAUAACCCAUCUAAUGUUUGUAAGUGUCAUGUUUCCUAGUGUUUAUUUGGAUAAUUUUUCUAUUUUUUACAGUGAUGUUGUAACACAGAAAACUAUCAGAUCAGAACCUCAAACCAUAGCUGUAGGACUCCGGGCCACCUCCUGGUGCUGCCUCUGGGUGUUAAGAGGAUACCUCAUGAAGCAGAGGGGAAAGGGAAUUAGCACAUGUGAUCUGAUGUUUGUCCUUUGGGCCAAGUCAUCUUCCUUUCUUUUCUUUGCUGGAAAGGGAGUCCGUUUCCUUUAUUCAUUGCAUAGGGAAUGUGGAAUUGUCUUGUUGAUCUUACCAGGAACUGAUCCUAGCCCCAAGAAGAAAACUACCUUUCUGGUGGACCCUUUCAGUAACAGAGUUUGUCUUGACCAAGGGGAAGGACAGGCUUAUUCAUUAUUUACAGAAUCUGAGAAGGGCUUUUACCUGAAUUUCUGUCUACCCCAUUCAUUUUCUGGAUCCUUGAAGGUAAUUAAUAUGAUUGCAUUGACAGCAUAUGAAAUGUGAGGCAAGCUCUGUACAGACUACGGGACAGAAGAAAGCUAAUUUGGAAUUCUAACCCUUAUUUAACAGAAUGCAGAAGAUAAAAGCUGUUGCACAAAGUGGGGCUGUCUCCCCCAGAUAGCUGUCUGCUCCCUAUUUCAGAGAGGUGCUAUCCCACACCAGGAUUGGAUCAGCUAACCUGUUAGGAAGGAAAAGACCGUGUACAUCUCUCAGGUUUGUCUGAAUAAAUACUCUCCUCUUCCUCCCUCCACCACCCCAGGGAGGACUGUGGGGCUUGAAUGCAUAGGGGGCAAACACUAGGUGUUAUUAUUUCAAAACAUUUUAAAGACAGCACUAAGCCAAUGAGUGAAGUGGAAAAAUGAAAAGCCUUGAUAUUUUAUUCAGAUUUUUUUUUUUAAGUCACGAGAGCGCAAACAGGAGAUUACAAUUAUGCCAUUUAAAAAGGAUAAAUACAAAACAUUAUGCAUGCCUUUAGGUCUGAUCUUCCUUGUCUCUUUACCUGAUGAUUAUCAAUAAGAAAAAGAAAACCCUCUGUAUUAAGUAUCUGCAUCUUUCAGAGAAAAUUUAAAAAGAAAAGAACUCUUUGGGUUUUUUGGUUUUGCACAGUCUUGGAGACAAACUCUCUUUUGAUUUCUUUUUUGUUUGUUUUGUUUCCUUUUAAGUUAAUGAGAACCCUAGCUUGGUAUGGCCAUUAUCAAACACAGCUCUACACCUUUAGCAUUCUUAAUGUUCUCUUACGGGGCUAAUAUAAGCAUCUAUAUAAUAUAUAUUAUAAAUAUCACAUUUUAAGCAGGAAAUGGAAGGCAUUUGAUGCAGAAUUUUUGCAUGAUAUAGAAAUAACUAAAGUUAGCUAGUGUUUGUUUGUUUGGUCUGAAUGUUGGUAGAACCUUCAUAGCUUUGUUACAAUGAAACCUUGAACUGAAGAUAUUUAAUAAAAUAACAUUUAAACAGUG